GAGUUUCUGAAAGGGGCGGCCUACGAUGUCGUCCUGGCCGACUACUUGCUGGGGUCAGUUGACUUCUUCGCGCCUUACUUUCAGGUGGGCUUACUCAAGCGGCUGGCGCGCUUGACCAGGCCGGGUGGCCUGUUGGUGCUGCUGGGCCGCGAGCCAGAGGAGCUGGAGGUCAAGGACGAGACGUCGCAGCUGGCGGUAGACAUCCAGUGCUUCAGGGAUGCCGUGAUCCUCCUUGGCCGGCAGCAUCCCUACAGGGAGAUGCCCCGGCUCUGGGUGGCCGAGCAGCUCUGGCAGGAGGGCCUGAAGUUGGAGCAAGGGCGCCGCUUCCAAAGGUUCCUGAACCUCGACAAGGUUGAGCGGAAUUUGGUCUGGGCGGAAGAGGAGCUGGAGCGCGUCCCGGAGCAAAGCCUCCGAGACGACCUCCGGAGGCACCUGGCGCGUCUCCGCAAAAGAGCUGCUGCAAGCGUUCCCCUCCGCGACGGCCACGCCUUCGGCGAAGACUACGCGCUGAUCUUGCGAAGACCAGACUGA